AUGGGGAUCAUGAAGGAGACUUUCAGAAUCCUCCUAUCAAAGAAUGGAAAGCUAAUCGCCGGAGUAACUUCAAUCUCAACCAUCAUCGUCUCUAUUUCCUUAAUUUUCUACAGCUGGGCAACUUCUAUCUUAAAUCACGACUUACAUGCCAAGAUCAAGAUUAUUCUAAUUCAGAAAGGCCUCAACUUUACCCAUUUGUUUCCUGCAAUCAAACAAGAUGUAGGGUUGUUUCUUGUUUGUCUUUUCACGUUCAAACUUGUUGCCAUCCUCCUCUCUGGGUUCACCGUAACCGCCACAACAUUAGCAUCAUCUGCUGCCUACUCAAGGAAAUCAACUUUUACCUUCAAGGAAUUGAUGUUAAAGGUGAAAACAUCAAUAAUGAGGCCAAUUAUCACAGUUUACUACAUAAAUCUUAUCAAUAUGGGUUUAGUUCUAUUAGGGUUAUGCAUUUUUGGUACCCUUGUUUUGUUAAUUGAAGAAAAGUCAACUGUGAAAGCCAUAGGUAUCCUGAUUGGGAUCCUUGUCUGGGCCGUGGGUGUUUAUUGGUCUGUUAUGUUUCAAUUAGCCAUGACAAUAUCAGUCAUGGAAGAUGAAUUAGGAGUUUGUGGAAUUGAGGCAAUUGGGAAGGCUUGGAGACUUGUAAAAGGGAAGUGGAUUUAUGGGUUUGUGAUAAAUCUGAUCUUUGAAACGGUUUCUACAAUGGCUAUUAUUGUAUUUGCAAGGAUGAGUAGUAAAUUGAAGUUGGUGGUUUAUCAAGUGAUUGGUGCUGUAAUUGUGAUGAUUAUGAUUUGGGUUGUGCGGAUGUUUAUUUACAUUUUUUAUACGGUUCUGUAUUUCCAGUGCAUGAAGAUUCAUGGAACAAAGAUGGUCGGACUGGAACAAAUUUCUGAAUAUGCCAAAAUUCCUUCUUUUGAACAUCUUCCUUAA